AUCAAGUUGCUGUUGCCAGCUCUCGCGAGCUUUGUCAGUAACAGUUGAUUGUAAUGUCAGUGCGGUCCAAUUUACAGCCUGGAGCAGCAGCUGCAUACUGCAUUUCCCUGAAGUAUUGCAUGGUUUCCACUCCCUGCAAACUUUAUCAUCAGUGAGUCGGAAACCAAUAUGCAGAGCGAGGGUACAAUCAGAUACAUCCAGCUUCUCUUGCGGUUUCUUCUGCUCUGGGCCCUUGUUGGGAAGUCACAUACUGAAGAAGACACCAUAAUUACCACCAAGAAUGGAAGAGUCAGAGGGAUGAACCUGCCAGUUCUUGGUGGCACAGUAACAGCCUUUCUUGGAAUCCCCUAUGCACAGCCACCUCUUGGCAGACUUCGAUUCAGAAAGCCACAGUCCUUGACCAAAUGGUCUGAUAUUUGGAAUGCCACAAAGUACGCAAAUUCUUGCUGUCAGAAAACAGAUCAAAGUUUCCCAGGCUUCCUUGGAUCCGAGAUGUGGAACCCAAACACUGACCUCAGUGAAGACUGUUUAUAUCUGAAUGUGUGGGUUCCAGCACCUAAACCAAAAAAUGCGACUGUAAUGGUAUGGAUCUACGGUGGGAGUUUUCAGACUGGAACAUCAUCUUUACAUGUUUAUGAUGGCAAGUUUUUGGCGCGGGUUGAAAGAGUUAUCGUGGUUUCAAUGAACUACAGGGUGGGGGCCCUGGGCUUCUUGGCCUUACCAGGAAAUCCUGAAGCACCAGGGAACAUGGGCUUAUUUGAUCAACAGUUGGCACUUCAGUGGGUCCAAAAAAACAUAGCAGCCUUUGGUGGAAAUCCUAAAAGUGUCACUCUCUUUGGAGAAAGUGCAGGAGCAGCUUCAGUUAGCUUUCAUUUACUUUCUCCUAGAAGCCACCCUCUGUUCAGCAGAGCCAUCCUGCAAAGUGGAUCGUCUAACGCCCCUUGGGCAGUGACAUCUCCUUAUGAAGCUAGGAACAGAACAUUGACCUUAGCUAAGUUUAUUGGUUGCUCUAGAGAAAAUGAGACUGAGAUUAUCAAAUGUCUUCGAAAUAAAGAUCCCCAGGAUAUUCUUCUGAAUGAAGUAUUUGUUGUUCCCUAUGAUAUGCUCUUGUCAGUAAACUUUGGUCCAACUGUCGAUGGUGAUUUUCUCACUGACAUGCCAGGCACACUACUCCAACUUGGACAGUUCAAAAAAACCCAGAUCUUGGUGGGUGUUAAUAAAGACGAAGGGACAGCAUUUUUAGUAUAUGGUGCUCCUGGUUUCAGCAAAGAUAACAACAGUAUUAUAAGUAGAAAAGAAUUUCAAGAAGGUUUAAAAAUAUUUUUCCCAGGAGUGAGUGCAUUUGGAAAGGAAUCAAUCCUUUUCCACUACAUGGACUGGUUAGAUGAUCAGAGAGCUGAAAACUACCGUGAAGCCUUGGAUGAUGUUGUUGGGGAUUAUAACAUUAUAUGCCCUGCCUUGGAGUUCACCAAAAAGUUCUCAGAAAUGGGGAAUAAUGCCUUCUUCUACUAUUUUGAACACCGAUCCUCCAAACUCCCUUGGCCAGAAUGGAUGGGAGUGAUGCAUGGUUAUGAGAUUGAAUUUGUCUUUGGUUUACCUCUGGAAAGAAGAGUUAAUUACACAAAAGCUGAGGAAAUUUUGAGUAGAUCCAUUAUGAAACGUUGGGCAAAUUUUGCAAAAUAUGGAAAUCCAAAUGGGACCCAGAACAAUAGUACUAGAUGGCCUCUCUUCAAAAGCCCUGAACAGAAAUAUUUAACCUUGAAUACAGAGUCACCAAAAGUGUACACUAAACUACGUGCUCAACAAUGCAGAUUCUGGACACUCUUUUUUCCCAAAGUCUUGGAAAUGACAGAAAAUAUUGAUGAAGUGGAACAAGAAUGGAAAGCAGGAUUCCAUCGGUGGAACAAUUACAUGAUGGACUGGAAAAAUCAAUUUAACGAUUACACUAGCAAGAAAGAAAGCUGUGCAGGUCUCUAAUUAAUAGAUUUACCCUUUCUAGAAUGUUCAUUUUCCUGUAGAUUAAGGGAAAAAUUUCAGGGACUCUCUUACACUCCUCGUAAGAAAGCUAUUAUGUGGCUGAAACGAAAAUGCCAGAAGGAUAAUAUCGAUUCCUCAGAUCUUUCACUUAGUACCUUACCUAGCAUUUCACAACUCAAGUGGCUAGAACAAGUUUAAUUAAAUUUCACAUUAUAAAGUUCAGGAAUUAAUUAUAUGGAUAUUAAAACAACUUGCAGCUUCAAACUCUCUUUCCUGAAUAACUUUAAAAAUUCUUUUCCCUUAAAAAGUAUAUUCUGUUUUCAGUCUCAAGUUUAUUUUCAUAACCACUCAUAAAAGGCAUCUUUUUAAAAUGGAUAAGGUCUUGAAACAUUAGAGGCUGUAAUUAAUACUAUUUUCUUUAAUUAAUUUAUGCAUUUAAUGUCAAUAUGAUACAUUAACACAAACAGAAAAUACUUGG